AUGUCGGCAGCUCCACCAGGACGAGUGCAGCCCGCUGCGGACUUUAAUCCGGCAUCGUAUGGCUCAGUGAUCCCAGGCAGCUCCUCUUAUCUCGAACGCAGCUCGACUCGCAGCGAGACUCAGGACAGCAUCGACGAGGGGGACUAUGACGGUGCCACUGCACCCAGUCAAAGCGGUAUCAGUCAAGAUGGCACCGAGGACAACUCGUACACGUUCAGCCGCGAUCGCGAUGAUGUUGAUGGGGACGCUAGCAUCCUCGGCAUGAGCAUGUUGAGCGACUUUGCUUCUAUCUUCCACCCCAACGAGUACAUUACGGCUCAGCAGAGGCUUGACGACCACGAUCGAAGGAGCGACUUCGAGUCGUUCGACGAGGAGCGUCAACCCAUCCUUUCUUCUUCCUACCACAGCCAAAGAAGGCAGUCUGCAUCUGCGUUCUCGCAUCGUCGACCGUCGGCGGUCUCCAGUCUACGUCCUUCGCUGAACAUCCCGCGCAGGCCGCACCUGAUUCCCGAAGAAGACGUGCUCCCCGAAGGUUCGGCGUGGUCGAAGGCUGGCACGGAACAGGGAGAUGUGAGCGGCAUCUCGAUCCGUCAAGCGCUCGUCGAUCCGUCCACUACCCCCGGUUCCAACCUCGGUCUGAUCCUCAUUGCUGUCAGCCAGGUGGCCUACUCGACCAUGAAUCUCUUCGUAAAACUUCUAGACGAUCGAGAGGGCCAGCAGCAGGGUUCCCAGGCGAUAGGCGCGCUAGAGAUCGUCGGAGUCGAAUGCCUCAUCAUCUGGAUCGGGUGCAUGCUCGCCAUGUGCGUUGCAAAGACGGAACAUAUCCUGCUGGGUCCACCCGGUGCACGAGCGCUGUUGUUCGCACGCGGCAUGUUUGGCUUCUCCUCGACACUGGCGCUGUACAUUUCCUUACAUUCCCUUUCGCUUUCGGAUGCGACUGUCAUCACCUUCCUCUCGCCACUCGCUACCGGCUUCUUGGCUCACGUUCUGCUGCACGAGCCAUUUACCGUCCGCGAACGCAUCGCCGGUGUCCUCUCGCUCGCAGGCGUGACGCUUAUCGCCCGACCGUCGUUCCUGUUUGGAGACGAUGCAGGCGCAGGCGUUCCCGAAGAUGGCGACAUCGAGAUCCCACAGGAUGGGUCGACGACGGAAGCAGCACGUAUUCUUGGCAUCUUCGUUGCUCUAGCUGGAGUCGUUCUUAUGGCAGGUGCGUGGGUCUGCCUACGUCGAAUUGGCAAACGUGCGUCGACGUACCACUCGAUCUCCUAUUUUUCGCUCUGCAGCUGGGUCUCGAGCUUUGCAGCCAUGUGGGUGCUUGGCCAACCGUUUGUCUUGCCCUCUUCGACGCUGUCGCUGUUCCUCUUGUUCAGCGUAGGGUUGUUUAGCUUGUUGGCUCAAGUAUUUCAAACGUUGGGGCUGCAGAGGGAAUCGGCGGGGCGCGCAGCUACCAUGUCGUACCUCCAGAUCAUUUUUGCGCUCACUUGGCAGCUGCUCCUCUUUGGCUCUGUGCCCGAUUGGGUCUCGAUUGCGGGCAGCCUCAUCAUCCUGGCUAGUGGUGCCUGGGUAGCGCUUGCAAAAGAAGGUGAUUCGGCUCCCAUGCAUUGA